CCAAAUCUUCUUCUCUCUCAGGCUGACGUAGCCUGACGAAAUCCAGAUCUCACAAACCCUCUCGCCGCACGCCGCCGCCGCAGGUGAAUUUCUUCGGUCGGGCUCGCCGCCAGGAACGCUGUCCGCAGCCAGUUUCCACGCGCCCCAGCCCAGAUCGUUGCGGCGGCGGUUCCGAGUUCCAGGCACAAAUCGCCCGCUGCUACGCUCUGCCUUUCGGCGGAUUCCCUGCCCGUAUCCUAAGAAUCCCAGCAGGGUUUGCUUGUCUGCGUGAUGGCGGAGCAGCCCAGGGAGAAGACGGCCAACACGGCGGCGGCCAGCCUCACCGACGACCUCAUCGUCGACAUCCUGUCGCGGCUCCCCGUCAAGUCGCUGUGCCGCUGCAAGUGCGUCUCCCCGCACUGGCGCGACCUCAUCUCCCACCCUGACCACCGCCGCCGGCUCCCCCAGACCCUCGCCGGCUUCUUCCGCGACGACUUCAACGACGGCCGCGAGGUGUGGCGAUUCACCAAUCUCUGCGAGGCGCGCCAGCCUCCCCUGAUCAGCACACCCUUCGCCUUCAUGCCCGGGUACGAGGACGCCGCAAUCGUGGACGCCUGCAACGGCCUCCUCCUCUGCCGGCCUCCCAAGGGAUCCCCGCACCACUUGUCCCGAUACGUCGUGUGCAAUCCGGCUACCAAGAGCUGGGUUGUCUUGCCCGACUCCGGCAGCCAUGGUGACGAUGUUGAAGAUGAUGAGCCGUUUGUUGCCCGUUUGGGUUUCGAUCCCGCUGUUUCCGUGCACUUCCAUGUGUUUGAGUUUGUUGAGAAUACUUACGGUACUGUGGCAGGGGUGGAGAUCUAUUCGUCUGAAGUUGGAGCAUGGAGUUACAAGGAGAGUCAGUGGAACUAUGAGACUCACUUAUUUGAAUUUUCUCCAAGUGUCUUUCUCAAUGGCCUUCUGCAUUUCUCCACCAUUCAGUUCGAGGUAGUGGCUGUAGAUGUGGUGGGGGAGUCAUGGUGGGUGCUUCCUGCGCCAGAAGAUCCUGAUGAUGUUGAUGAUCGUGCUAAUUGGGAUCCUGGUUUUCUUGGUCGGUACCAAGGACAUUUGUGUUACAUGACUUUGUGUUACAAUGUAAGGGAUCUAUCAAUCUGGGUUCUUGAGGAUUAUGGUGAGGAUGGAUGGGUAUUGAAGCGUCAGGUGACUGUUCGACAACUGACAGAAAAGAUAAGUCCACCCGAAAGCUACUACUACCAUUUGAUCACAGUUCAUCCAGAUUGCAAUUGGAUACUUUAUGUUACUGGUUUGGAGAGCAUGCUCAUGGCAUAUGACAUGGAUCACGAUGAAGUGCAUGUUAUCCAAAAUCUUCGGUCACGCUCUGAGAUGUCAUGUAUUCCGUAUGUUCCUUUCUAUGCAAAAUCAUUGACAGAAGGAUAACGAAAAUUCACCAAGUGUCUUUCUCAAUGGCCUUCUGCAUUCUUCCACCAUUCAGUUUGAGGUACUGGCUGUAGAUGCUACUGAUGAAUGGGCACUGAAGCGUCAGGUAAUGUUUUAACAGCUGAUGUAAAAGUUAAGUCCACCCAAAAGCCACUACUACUAUUUGAUUAUUUGAUAACAAUCCAUCCAGAUUGCAAUUGGAUUCUUUAUAUAACUGGCUGGGAAAGCAUGCUCAUGGCAUAUGACAUGGAUCGCAAUGAAAAGUGCAUGUUAUCCAGAAUCUUGGGUCAAGCUCUGUGAUGUCGUGUAUUCCGUACGUUCCUUUGUAUGCAAAAUCAUUGACAGAUGGAAAUUGAUUGUCUCUUUACACUGCCUUUGAUCCGUCUGUUACCUUAAAGUGAUGUUUGAACUUCACUAGAGCUGGGUCUUCACUUACAAACAGCAUUGUGAGUUAACUUUCUUGAUCUGGGUGGUUGUUUGUUUCGUUGCUUAUUUUUUUCAAAACAAGUUUCUUUUUGUAGCUGCCUGAUGUUGCUAUCUUGUAAACUAGCUCUGCAUCAGCUAUUUAUUUUAGGGAAUUGAAUUAAUGCUAUUUAUUUUGUCAAAUUGUAUUUUUGUUGGUGAUUGUGUGCUCCAUGUGGAGAACAGAGAACACUAUCUUGUUCAGUUUCUAGAGAUGUUAUUAACUUUUUUGUUCUGCACCUUACUAUAUUGCAAGUACUUAAAUUUGGAUGUCUCACAUUUUGUUUUUA